AUGGGGAAGAGACACAAAUGCACUGCACAUGAUUCUACCAUUCAUAUUUUUCUUUUGAACAAUUAUUACCAGGAUAUUGAGAUGAACAACAGAAAAAUCGAAAUGCAUAGAGGUAAUGGAGUUUUUGAUUCUUGUAAAUGGAAGGAUUUGAAAGUUGGAGACAUAGUGAAGGUGCAGAAGGAUGAAUUUUUCCCUGCUGAUCUUAUCUUGCUUUCAUCAAAUUAUGAAGAAGCAAUUUGCUAUGUUGAGACCACGAAUCUUGAUGGAGAGACCAAUUUGAAACUAAAACAAGCAUUAGAUGCAACUUUUACCCUGCACGAAGACUCUAGCUUCCAAGACUUCAAGGCUGUGAUUAGAUGUGAGGACCCAAAUGCAAAUUUGUACACAUUUGUUGGCAGUUUGGAGCUAGGAGAGCAUAGUUACCCGCUUACACCUCAGCAUCUUCUGCUUAGGGAUUCAAAGUUGCGAAACACAGAUUAUAUUUAUGGUGUGGUAAUCUUUACUGGUCAUGAUACAAAGGUCAUUCAAAAUUCAACAGCACCGCCUUCAAAGAGAAGCAAGAUUGAAAGGAGGAUGGAUAAGAUUGUCUACUUUUUGUUUUUUAUAGUAGUCUCUAUGUCCAUUAUUGGAUCAAUUUUCUUUGGGAUUGACACAAGGGAAGAUAUGGAGAACGGAAGGAUGACAAGAUGGUAUCUUAGACCAGAUGCCACUACGACGUCCUAUGAUCCAAAGAGAGCAACAAUUGCAUCAAUGUUGCAAUUUUUGACUGCACUCAUGCUGUAUUCAUAUUUAAUUCCAAUUUCCUUGUAUGUCUCCAUAGAAAUUGUUAAAGUUCUUCAGAGCAUAUUCAUCAACCAAGAUUUGCAUAUGUACCAUCAAGAAACUGACACGCCAGCAAGGGCCCGUACGUCAAACUUGAACGAAGAACUUGGUCAUGUUGACACAAUACUCUCGGACAAAACUGGAACUUUGACUUGUAAUUCAAUGGAAUUUAUAAAGUGUUCAGUGGCUGGGACAUCUUAUGGCUGUGGAGUGACCGAAGUUGAGCAAGCUCUGGCCUGGAAAAAAGGUUCACCUUUAAUUCAAGAGGUGACAGCAGAACAGGGCCUUGCUGUAGAGGCUACAGAAGAAAAAACUAAAGGAUUUAACUUUGUGGAUGAGAGAAUUGUCAAUGGUAAUUGGGUUAAGAAACCCCGUGCAGAUGUAAUCCAGAAGUUUCUACAAUUACUGGCUAUCUGCCACACAGCAUUACCCGAAGUUGAUGACGAAACUGGAAUAAUUUCGUAUGAAGCUGAAUCACCAGAUGAGGCAGCUUUUGUAAUUGCAGCAAGAGAGCUUGGGUUUGAAUUUUUUGAGAGAACUCAAACAAGCAUUUCUCUACAUGAGUUAGAUCCGGUCUCUGGUCAGAAACUAAAAAGAUCUUAUAAGCUUCUGAAUAUCUUGGAAUUUAGUAGCUCAAGAAAGCGGAUGUCUGUGAUUGUAAGAAAUGAGGCAGGAAAGCUUCUACUGCUUUGUAAAGGUGCUGACAGUGUCAUGUUUGAAAGACUUGCAAAUAAUGGAAGACAGUUUGAAGAGGAGACCAAGGAGCAUAUAAGUGAGUAUGCUGAUGCGGGUUUGAGAACGUUGGUACUUGCAUAUCGCGAACUGGGUGAGGAAGAGUACAAUAAGUUUAAUCAGGAAUUCUUGAAGGCCAAGAACUCAGUCAGUGCAGAUCGAGAGGAAAUGGUUGAGGAAGUCGCUGGAAAAAUUGAGAAGGAUUUUGUUCUACUUGGUGCUACAGCUGUUGAGGACAAACUUCAAAAUGGGGUUCCUGCCUGCAUUGAUAAACUUGCGCAAGCUGGAAUUAAAAUAUGGGUGUUGACUGGAGAUAAGAUGGAGACAGCGAUAAACAUUGGCUUUGCUUGUAGUUUGCUUCGACAAGGAAUGAAGCAGAUAAUAAUCAACUCGGAGACACCAGAGAGUAAGGCACUAGAGAAAGUGGAGGACAAGACUGCUGCUGCAAUGGCUUCUAAAGCAAGUGUCAUCCGUCAGAUAACGGAAGGGAGGGCACGACUCUCUGUAUCAAAUGAAAGCUCUGAGGCAUUGGCUUUGAUUAUUGAUGGGAAAUCUCUCACCUACGCCUUACAAGAUGAUGUCAAGGACAUGUUCUUGGAGCUUGCUGUAGGGUGCGCAUCUGUCAUUUGCUGCCGCUCAUCUCCUAAACAGAAAGCACUUGUCACAAGACUUGUUAAAACCAAAACAGGUAGCACAAUUUUGGCGAUUGGUGAUGGGGCAAACGACGUGGGUAUGCUUCAAGAAGCAGACAUUGGAGUUGGUAUUAGUGGUGUGGAAGGAAUGCAGGCUGUCAUGUCAAGCGACAUUUCAAUUGCACAGUUUCGAUUUUUGGAGCGAUUGAUACUUGUGCAUGGACAUUGGUGUUAUAGAAGGAUAACAUCCAUGAUAUGUUAUUUCUUCUACAAGAACAUUGCAUUUGGUUUCACUCUCUUCUUUUUCGAGAUGUAUGCAUCGUUCUCCGGGCAAGCUUUAUAUAAUGACUGGUUUCUAUCACUUUAUAACGUAUUUUUCACAUCGCUUCCUGUGAUUGCUCUCGGAGUGUUUGACCAAGAUGUCUCCACUCGAUACUGUCUGAAGUUCCCGUUGUUAUAUCAAGAAGGUGUACAGAAUGUUCUAUUCAGCUGGAAACGUAUCUUUGGCUGGGCAUUCAAUGGUGUAUUAACUGCUACCAUUAUCUUCUUCUUCUGCAUAUUUGCAAUGGAGAGCCAAGCUUUUCGAAAAGGCGGGGAAAUUGCAGGCCUAGAGGUUCUUGCAGCCACCAUGUACACAUGUGUCGUAUGGGUCGUGAACUGCCAAAUGGCACUAUCCAUCAGCUAUUUUACCUAUGUCCAGCACCUAUUCAUCUGGGGAGGCAUUAUACUCUGGUAUAUAUUCCUCUUGGCCUAUGGAGCCAUGGAUUCUUCCAUAUCAACAACCGCGUACAAGGUCUUCAUUGAAGCCUGUGCACCCGCACCAUCUUACUGGCUUCUCUGUGUCCUCGUACUAAUCUCCGCACUCCUUCCAUAUUUCAUCUACUCCGCCAUCCAGAUGCGGUUCUUCCCACUUUAUCAUCAGAUGAUACAGUGGAUGAGACUAGAUGGGCAACUGGAUGAUCCUGAGUACUGUCACAUUGUACGCCAGAGAUCCUUGCGGCAUACAACAGUAGGUUACACAGCCCGAUUCGAAGCUAAAUCAAGAAGCCAGAGGUCUGAACAUUAAACAUUCAUCAUACUAUAUAUAUAUAUAUAUAUAUGUAAACAUAUAUUCCUUUGUCUUGUUGUGUAGAUCCAUCUCAGAAAGCUGUAGCUAGGUUGAAAUAGAUGAGUGUAUCUAGAUGUACAUACAUAUUUAUAUACACAAAAAGAAAGUCUUUCAUAUAUUUACUGUGAAGGAAACUUAAGCAGGCAGUGUGUUAGGAGGGUUUUGUAUUUGUUAAGUUGGGGCUUUGAAAUUUUGGUAGGAUUGAGUCAAUAUAGAAUUUUACAAUGAAUUUGUACUCCAUGAUGUAUAAUUAUUAGUAUUUACAGAAAUGGAAUUCCAUUCAUUUGCGUUUC